AUGAACAGGCACAUUGUGCGCCUGCUCGUGGGCGGCAAACUGAUGGAGAAGAAAAACAUCGACAAGCAAAUAAUCCAGCGCAACUUGCAGCACGUCAUCCUACAUUUCGAUCGGUACAGCCAAGAAACGGGCGUCGCUGCAUUGCUCAAAAAAAUCAUCCCCUAUACGAAGAACACCUUUCUGGGGAGCGUCCACUUGAAAUUUUUAUAUACCCAUGUCGUUGAGCCGCUACUAAAGGAGGGGAACAUCGACGCCGAAUGUUUGCCAAACCUCGUUCAUACAUUUAAGAGAAGUGAAGAGUGUAACUACAUGGUGAAAGAAUUGAAUGACCACAUCGUUUAUGCCAUUCGAGGAGGAAAAAUCUCUCUGCAGAAUGACCUAAACAACUGGGUUAGUGUUGUGCAGGUGUUUUCCGCCAAACGGAGAGGCAUCAAUUUUGUGCCGCUGCUCAGGCACCUUCUGCUGAACGAUAGCUUUGCAGCUUCGCAAAGAGGGGGUACACAUCAUGUUAAGUCGAGUGAACCUCGCAAUGUAGACGCACAUAUCCCAAAUGACGCACACAUUCAGCAGAGCAGCCUCGAUCAGUGCCAAGUGUUCCCUCCCAUUUCUUCCCGUGAUCUCCACUACGCAACAUUGGAAAGCCUCCCCCCCAGGACCUUCUGCAUCCUGAUGAACGUAUUGUCCAAAGUUAAAAUGCAGAACGAGCCAGAUCCCAUCUUCACAUCCUUUCUGCGGGAAAAAACCAUCCAAAUGAUGCCCCACAUGAGCAACAUCGACGUGUGCCAACUGGCAGAAGCCCUAACCCAACUCAUGUGUGUAGAUAGGGAAAUUCUCUCAACACUAAUAGAAUCGGAAGUGCUCAAAAGGGUAACGUCCUUUGACGUUUUGCAGUUGUCCAUGAUAUUUCACUCUCUCUCCAAAUAUUGGAAGGACUUAAAAAAAAAAAAACUUUUCUGCGUACUCUUCAUGCGGAAGAUAGAAAAAUAUUUGGCACUAUACUCGCUACACAAUCAGGAGGAGAAAUAUAUCCUGCGCACUCGGAACAAAAACACGCUGAUCGAAAUAGUGCCCAUGUUUUUUUUGGCCUACGUGAAAAACGCACACGCCAUGUUUCCGCUCUAUUCUUGUUUUUCCAAAUUCGUCCUCCUGCAGUUUUCGAUUUUGUCCAAGUGGCUGCGCCGCUCCCUCUCUGAAGGAAAUCGCCAAAGUGGGAUCCUAAAUCUGCAGUUAGGAAGCAGCGGAGGAAGCCAUCCUCCCAGCCUGCGCCACACCAACCAAACGCUCUCCAAUUUGCUGUACGCUUUUACUGGCUACCUUUACAACAUUAGCACAUUGCAGUACGAGGGGGAACAAAGCAGAUCAUUCGACAGGCACCUCCGCUUAACCCUGGACAACAUUUAUCAGCUCCUCUCCCACUUCAUCCUGUUUUAUCGCCACAGGGAAGUGGUCACAAAUGGGGCGCAAUUCAUUCUGCCAGUACACAAAUCCCAGCUUUUAAUUUUUUUGUACACCUACUGGGGUUUCCUGCUCGAUUUGCACUCCCGCGGAGAUGAUUGCACACAGGUGAGAAAAAAAAACAAUUUAGCCUUAACCGUUCAGGCAAAAGGGAACGAAAAAAAAAAUACCAUGCACACAGCUGACUCAUUUUUUUUCAUCAAAUUGGAGGACGCGAGGAAGGUAAGUUUUCUCCUCGUAGUUUUGGACGACAUUAACCUAAACGCAUUGAUGAAAGAAACGUUAGAAGAAAACAACAAAUAUGUGAGUCACAUUUAUUCGCAGGUGCUGAAUGUGGCUAACAACUCGGCAGGAGUUCCCCACCGGGCAGCUCUACAUUUCAGCAGACGAGUGGUGGGGCCAUACACAAUUUCUGAACUGUGCAGGUGA